AUGGCGACCAAGCCAGGCCAGACCAAGCUGCAGCAACAGCAACAGCAACAGCAAAAGAAUGCCUCGAUACCCAAUGGCAAUGGCAAGAUCACCGCCUCAGCCAUGGUCCAGACGUCGCCCGACAAGCCACCCUACCCUCGAUACGACUACACUUCGCCCGGCGUCAAGGACAACAACAUCCUCAAUCUUAAGAGCAGCGACUGGGAGGCAUUGGGAGUAGUCACGCUGGUCGCGCUGUUUGUGCGCUUGUUCCGCAUCUAUCAGCCUUCCAGCGUGGUCUUCGAUGAGGUGCACUUUGGAGGCUUCGCGAGCAAGUACAUCAAGGGCAAGUUCUUCAUGGACGUCCACCCACCGCUCGCCAAGCUGUUGAUCACGUUCGCCGGCUGGCUGGCGGGCUUCGAUGGCAACUUCGAUUUCAAGGACAUUGGCAAGGACUACCUCGAACCAAACGUGCCUUAUGUCGCUAUGAGGCUGCUCCCAGCCCUCUGCGGUGUCCUCGCUGUCUCAACCAUGUUCUUGACCCUCAAGGCUAUUGGGUGUAGGACUGUGACUGCUGCGCUGGGCGCCGGUCUGCUUACCUUUGAGAACGGCUUCGUCACUCAGUCCAGACUGAUCUUGCUCGACUCUCCCCUGGUCAUCUUCACUGCGCUCACAGGACUGUCCUGGAUCUCUUUCAUCAACCAGCAUGAGCAGGGACCAAAGAAGGCGUUCACUCCCAGCUGGUGGUUUUGGCUGGCGGCAACUGGAGUGACACUUGGCGCGACCGUCAGCGUCAAGUGGGUUGGUCUCUUCACCAUCGCAUGGGUCGGCUCUCUUACAGCCCUUCAACUCUGGGUUCUGCUUGGUGACACCAAGAAUGUCACCACUCGCAUCUGGUUCAAGCACUUGUUCGCGCGUAUUUUCUGCUUGAUCAUCAUCCCCAUCACCUUCUACAUGGCUAUGUUUGCAAUCCACUUUGUCUGUCUCGUCAAUCCUGGCGAUGGCGACGGCUUCAUGAGCAGCGAGUUCCAGUCCACGCUCAACUCCAAGGGAAUGGCAGAUGUGCCCGCGGAUGUGGUUUUUGGCUCUCGCGUCAGCAUCAGACACCACAACACUCAAGGCGGCUACCUGCAUUCGCAUUCUCACAUGUACCCAACCGGCAGCAAGCAACAACAGAUCACUCUUUACCCGCACAAGGAUGAGAACAACGUCUUUCUGGUUGAGAACCAGACUCAACCCAUCGACUGGGCGAAAGAUCCAACAGGGAACACCAGCGUGAUUGGCCCACUCGCAUGGGACAGCCUUGACCCAGAAAAUGUCAAGGACGGCAGCAUCAUCAAGCUCUACCAUGUUACUACUGAUCGUCGCCUGCACUCACACGAUGUUCGCGCACCAAUCACCGAGGCCGAUUGGCAGAAUGAAGUGUCCGCAUAUGGCUACGAAGGAUUUGAGGGUGAUGCCAACGAUCUUUUCCGUGUCGAGAUCGUGAAGUCCAUGUCAGACGGCAAGGCUGCCAAGGAACGCCUCCGAACGAUUCAGACCAAAUUCAAGCUCGUCCACAUCAUGACAGGCUGCGUGCUCUUCUCACACAAGGUUAAGCUUCCGGAAUGGGGCUUCGAACAGCAGGAAGUGACCUGUGCUCGUCAAGGAACCCUGCCAAACUCAAUCUGGUACAUCGAAGGUAACGCCCAUCCCAAGCUCAAUCAGACUGCAGAGAAGGUCAACUACCGCAACCCAGGCUUCUUUGGUAAGUUCUGGGAACUGCAGAAAGUCAUGUGGACCACCAAUGCUGGCCUUGUCGAGUCGCACGCUUGGGACUCUCGCCCCUCAUCAUGGCCCAUGCUCAAGCGUGGCAUCAACUUCUGGGGCAAGGACCAUCGCCAGAUCUACUUGAUUGGCAACCCAUUGAUCUGGUAUUCCAGCACUGCUGCUAUUGGCAUCUACUUUCUUUUCAAGGCUUUCGCACUGCUGAGAUGGCAGCGCAGCUUCAAGGACUACCAGAACAUCACUUUCCGCCGCUUCGAUUAUGAGAUUGGCACCACUGUUCUAGCAUGGGCAUUCCACUACUUCCCAUUCUUCCUCAUGGCUCGACAGCUCUUCCUGCAUCACUACUUUCCGGCGCUCUACUUUGCCAUCAUGUCGCUCUGUCAGGUCUUUGACUAUGCAGUUGGCCGCGUCCAGCUCGGCUCCUUCACCCUGAAGAAUAAGCCUUCCAUCGGUCUUGGUGCAGCUGCGAUUUACCUGGCCAUGUCUAUCGUUGUUUUCUCGCUUUACGCUCCACUUAGCUACGGCAACGUGUGGACUAAAAAGGACUGCCAGAAAGUCAAGCUCAUGAAUACAUGGGACUGGGACUGCAACACCUUCUAUGACUCCUACGCCGAUUACACGCUAUCCGUCUCAGCACCAGGAUCUGCGGCGACGGCCACUGGCCAGGCAGCGCAUGGACCUGCUCCACCCAAAGCCGAGGAUCCAAAAGAAGAAGUCUUGUUCACGCCUAGAGGUAAUGCUCCGGUAGGUGAGCCACAAUACGUCGAGGAGAAGAUCGAGUAUCGAGACGAAGAGGGCAAUUUGCUCAACGAAGAACAAGUCGCGGCGCUCGAUGGCAAAGUUUCAUUCUCUACACGCUACGAAACACGGACACGACUGAUCGACGAAGCCGGCAACGAGAUCUACGAUGGCCUUGUCGAUUCACGCGAUGGCCCAGCACCUCCUAAAGCAGAAGGCGUCGACCCAAAGACUCAGGGCCGCGAUGCAGGCUCAGCAGAGUCAAGCACCGACAUCGAGGAGGAUCUGCGUAAGGAGCAGAGUAUUCAGGAUACUGCUGCCACGGCUGAACCAGGGAGUGAGCCGGAGAUUAAGACGAAGGAUGAGCUUUGAUGUGGCGUGUAGCAAUUAAGCAAGCAAUACAUUUGGGCGGUGUUUUUGGGGGUGAAUGCAUGAAUGAGGCAGGCAGGCAGCAUAAAGUCCCUGUAUGAUCUUGAUAUCCUCGAAAAGAACUUGUUAUGUACCAGCAACAACAUCUUUUCGAAAUUUUGUAUUGGUAAAGUAUGACGAAAUGGCAAGUCCGAGCCUCGUCUGCAGUCAUCAAAAGACCGAACUGAUUGACAAAAUGGUCCUACUUUCCAUCCUCAAAAUACCCCGAAUAAGCAUUCAAAGCCGGCUGACCCCCAAGAUGUACAUAAAGCACAUUACUCCCCUUCUCGAUAGUCCCCUCCUUAACAAGCUGAAUCAACCCAGCCAUACUCUUCCCCUCGUAAACCGGAUCCGUAAUGAGCGCAUCAGUCCUCGCAGCAAUUUUCAUCGCCUCAAUCGUCCCCGGUCCAGGAAUUCCAUAAAUCCCUUCAUGAAACCUUUCAUCUAACACGAUCGCUUCAUCUGGAAUUUCGAGUUUCGGGUCGAGCAGUUUCGCCGUGUUUCGUGCUAUACGUGCGACUUGUUCUUUUGUAGCUUCGGGUUUUCCUGAGGCGUCGAUGCCGAUUACUUUGCGACUGCGUCCUUCGGCUACGGAGCCGACUAUGAGUCCUGCGUGCGAUGAGCCGGUUACGCUGCAGACUAUUAGGGUGUCGAAGAAGAUUCCCAGGCUUUUUUCUUGUUGGGCGAGUUCGACGAUGAAGUUUGUGAAGCCUAGACCUCCAAGUUCGUGGUCGGAGGCUCCGGCUGGGACGUAGUAGGGUUUUCCUCCUGACUUUUCUAUCUCGGUGACUGCAUCUUUUGUCGCGGUUUUGUGGCCGAUGUGGAAACCUUCUUGGUUUAGACGCACGUCGC